AGUUCUGUUCCUGGGCAGAUGGAUCACCUGAUCCAAGGACUGGCUUAAAAGAGGGCUGUGUUGACCUACCGGCUGGUUCUUGGCAUCCUGUCAAACUGCUGUGCAUACUGACAUAAAAAUAACAGCCUGGAAACAGGGCCGAGGCAGUCUGCGGGACUCCGUUAUGGGAGAUAAAGCCACCAUGCAGGUGCUGGCCAAGCGCUACCCCAAGAACUGCCUGCUGACCGUCAUGGACCGGUACUUGGCCGUGGUGCGCAACAUGGAGCAGGUGGUGAUGAUCCCCAGCCUUCUGCGGGACAUGCAGCUGAGCGCACACGGGCACCAGGCCCAGGCAGGCGCCUCCGACCUCUACAGCUACUUCACCAUGCUCAAGGCCAUCCGCACGGAUGUGGAGCACGGGCCGCUGCCCCGGCAGGAGUGGCGGGCCAAGGCGGCAGGUGGCAAAGCCAAUGGAGCUGAGACUGAAGCUGGAGAGACGGAAGAGGCUGAGGAGGAGAGGGUGUUGGGGCAGCUGGACCUGGAAGCCCAGCUGCACCUGCACUUCGCUAGCCUUCAUCACAUCCUCACCCAUCUUACCCUGAAAGCCGAGGAGGUGACAAGGAGAUACCAGGAGAAAACGGGACAGGCCAUGUAGGAAAGCUUACUCCACGUGAUAGAAGGCAGUCUCUGUGAUGAAGACAUGGAGCAGUUUGCUAGCCUGAUGAUGGCAAGACCAAAAAGACCUGAACCUGCAACUACAAGUGAAGAUGAUUUGGAUGUCCGGGAUUCCUACCUUCCUCUGAGCACCAGUUUAUGGACCCAUCACUGCGUCAGUGAGGCUGCCUGCUGCUGUUCACGACUCCUCGCUCCUCUUACUAGCUUGGGGCGGAAGCCAGUGAUUCAUGAGGGACCCCGUCUGUCACCUGGUCAGUGUACUACAGCAGAAAUACAAGUUCUAGCAUCUGACUAAUCGAGGCUCACUUCCUUCUCUCUUGGCAGUCAUUCACUGCAAUCAUGGGCAAGUUAUUUAACCCAUCGUGGCCUAAAUUUCCUCAUCUAUAAAAUGGAGACAGUGUUCCCUAUCUCAUGAAGUUGCUUUGAAAAUUAAACAGUAAGUCAAAAGCA